GGUGCCAUCUCCUGAGCUCGAAAUUUAUACGGAUCCAAGAAACUCAGAUCUUCCAACUGCCGUAAACUGAAGUUACUAAAUCUUAGUCGUGUAGCUUGCAUGCGUUGCUUGAAGUGUCAUCGUAAAUCUGGACUUUCCUCUUUAAGCUUUCAUGCGAAAACGGUAGCGUCCUUUAGCCCGUAAGUCACCCGUUAAUCUCGGCGUAAAAAAGCAUUGGAUUCCUCUGGACCAUCUGCGAAUCUCCUAUGUGCCCUGUUGACGAAGAGGUCGAUCCGCAAAAAAUGGAAGAUGAUGGCGAGGCGAUGGACAAAAUCCCCUACCGAGUAGCCAGAACUCCAUCGGAGCUGGAGAGCAUUCGCCGGCAUUUCAGCGCAAGCACAAGCCAGGUUCACGUCACGGCCCUGGACGAAGUCGUAAGUGUCAAUUCCUUCUUCACUGUCGCGGUCUUCGUCGGCAUCACGCUCACCACCUCCAACCUCCACGUUGGCUCUCCCAACGACGCCAAGCACGAAUGCAUCCCCGGCCCCUCCACUUUCAAGCGUCUCAUUGUCUACGAAGUCGUCGCUUUCAGCUUCUUCCAGUUCUCGAGCCUCGUGGCGCACGGCCUCAAGCUCCUCAUGGUUUUCAAGAACAGCAAAGAGGCUUCGGUGGACUCGGCAACCAUGAACCACAAGCUGCUUCGCCUGGGGAUACUCGCGUCAGCAGUCGGAUCUGGCGCUGGAACCGUCUUCCUCAUGCUCUCCCUCAUCAACUACGUCCAGUUGAGAUUUGGAAGCCUCGUCUGCGGCGAUUCCUGGGUGCUUCAGGCUGCCGUCCCGCUCAUCGUUCUCGUCUCUACUGGCGUUGUCAUCUUCAUCUCGGCUGUCUUUUAUGCUUUCCUUCACUGACAAGGCACCCGGGAGACAGCGUGUUCUUCCAACGUGACUCGGUCAGAACGUAAACACGGUCCCCACGGAAUUGUCACUGUCGAGAACUUUGUCACGUAAUUCGACACCUUUGCUAUUGCGUUCUCUCCCAAUGGACGGCAAGACGCUGCUCCCAUCGAGCUCCUCCCGCAGAAUGGUUUCCUUCAAAGGAGCCACCCAGGUUCAUGUCACCACGCUGGACGAAGUCGUAGCUGUGAAUUCCUUCUUCACCAUAGCUGUGUUCUUGGGCCUCUCGUUCUCCAGCACCAAAGCAGCCGCUUUGGAAACAGACUGCCCCGUCGGACCCGAUGCAGUGAAGUACCUUUUCCUUUACGAAGUUCUCGCGUUUGCUUCCUUCCUAUUCUCAAGCCUUGUAGCUCACGGACUCAAGCUCUACAUCAUAUUCGCCAACAGCACACACAUCGAAGAAUCCCAGGCCGCGGAGAUUAACAACCGCCUCUUGAGGCUCGGAAUGCUGGCGUCGGCCAUAGGCUCUGUCGCUGGGACGAUCUUCCUCAUGCUGUCUAUGAUUAGUCUCAUCGAGCUGAGGUUGGGGCCUUUUAGUUGUGAUAGCAGCUGGACGGAACGCGCUGGAAUCCCCCUCAUAGUUUUGUCGGCCUCUGGUCUCCUCAUCUUCAUCUCAUCUGUUCUCUUUGCUUUCAUCGAACUCUAAUGCGAAUUCUACAAAACUUUUGGAAAA